UGAUCCAGUUGUUAGGAGGUUCAAUACGGAAGAAGACAGUAGACGCACAGAGGAAUCCGAGGAGAAGCAGAAGGAAGGUUCUAUUCAAGAUCACUCCUUUCAAUCUGUAAACAAACACAGUGAUCACCUGUGGAGCGCUUUAGAACUAGCCGAAGCCGUGGGCGGGGAGGUUAUUCAAUGGGGUCCACCAGGGACAGUCUCAACAGACACCCAGAAAUUGGUGCCCGGCCAGUGGUUCUUUGCCCUCAUCGGACCGAACUUUGAUGGCCACAAAUUUAUCCACAAGUCAUUGGCGCUUGACAAGGGAUGCAUCGGUGUCGUAGGAAACAGAAUGUGCGACGAUUGGCCUGCCGGCUUCAUCAAGGUAGAAGGUGACACCAUGGUUGCCCUCGAGAAGUUGGCUCGGUAUGCUAGGGAUCGUUUUCGUGGAUUAGUGAUCGGUUUGACUGGAAGUGUGGGGAAAACGACUACAAGAACCAUGAUAGCCCACGCCCUCGAGAGCCUUGGAAAUGUCUAUCAGACUCCGGGUAACUUAAAUUAUAUUGUUGGGGUUGCGUUAACGGUGAGUGCAAUUUCUUUGGAUGUUGCGGCUGCGGUCGUGGAGCUGGGGAUGAGCGGUCAGAGAGGAGAGAUUUUGAAGAUGGCUCGAAUGUGUCGUCCUCGCGUGAGAGUUGUGUUGAAUGUGGGUCAUUGUCAUAUGGAGCAUUUCAGGACUUUGGACGAUGUUGCGAGAGCCAAAGGAGAGCUGUUAACGGAGGCUGAGCCUGGGGAUAUUUGCGUGUUGAACGCUGAUGAUCCCUUUGUUAUGAACAUGCCUGUUGCAGAUGGAGUCAAGAAGGUGCUUUUUGGCCGGAGAAUAGGAUGUGAUGUGCGUCUAGUUUUAGCUGAAUGCGUAGAUGGAGGUCGUGCAGUUCGUGUAGUCCUAGAGAGUAAGAGUGAGAUGGUCGAGUUUAAAUUGCAUGGUCCUGGUUUGCAUUUAGCUGUGAAUGCUUGUGCUGCUGCUGCGGUUGCUGCUUCAUUAGGAGUACCACUUCCUCAGAUUGGAAAAUCAUUAUCAAAGUUCAGACCUGUUCAUAUGAGAUCACAGAUGGAAGUCUCCCAGCAUGGCAUCACAAUCAUCAACGAUACAUACAAUGCUAGCCUCCCCAGCAUGAUUGCAGCGAUCAAUUCACUUUCAUCGAUUGAUUGUUGCGGACGAAAAAUUGUGAUACUUGGAGACAUGUUAGAACUUGGUGAAGAAGAAGGAAGGACGCAUGAACUGGUUCUUAAACUCUGUUGUGAUGCUUGUCUCAGUAUAAUCAUCCUUGUUGGGGAUAGAUUUCUUUCAGGUGCUACAAGUCUAAAUCUUGUGGGAAGGUCGAAUAUAAUCUGUGUGCCUGACUCAGCAUUCCUUGUGCCGAAAGUUUCAGAAUUUGUGGCACCUGGAGAUGUUGUUCUGGUAAAAGGAAGUCGUGGGAUGAAAAUGGAAAAGGUUGUCGAUGCAAUUAUGGUGAUAGAAGACUGAAGGACUUGCCAUCUAUGUGAACCUCUCCAUCUACGAUAUGCUUUGUAAGGGUAAUUUGAACUCACCUCUGUAUCUCAUGGUAAAAGCCUUCUGAGAACCUCUUUUAA